AUGUGGGCCGCUCUGAGAUUAGCCCUGCGGCCCUGCGCCCGCGCCGCUGCCCCAGCGCUGCGUUCCUAUCAUGGGGACUCCGUGGCUACCCUGGGCACCCCACUGGACUCCAGCUCUGCCAUCUACCAGGAAAACUACAAACAGAUGAAAGCAUUAGUAAAUCAACUCCAUGAGCGAGCACAAAACAUCAGACUAGGAGGUGAUGAGAAAGCCAGAGCACGCCACAUAUCAAGAGGAAAACUGUUACCCAGAGAAAGAGUUGACAAUCUUAUAGACCCAGGGUCUCCAUUCCUGGAAUUAUCACAGUUUGCAGGUUACCAGUUGUAUGGUGAUGAGGAGGUCCCUGCAGGUGGCAUUAUUACAGGCAUUGGGAGAGUGUCAGGAAUAGAAUGCAUGAUUGUUGCCAACGAUGCCACAGUCAAGGGCGGUACCUACUACCCGGUAACUGUGAAGAAACACUUGAGAGCACAAGAGAUUGCGGCGCAGAACAGGCUUCCCUGCGUCUACUUGGUUGACUCAGGAGGGGCAAAUUUACCUCGACAAGCAGAGGUAUUUCCAGAUCGAGAUCACUUUGGCCGAAUAUUCUACAAUCAGGCAGUUAUGUCUUCUAAAGGCAUUACACAGAUAGCAGUGGUCAUGGGCUCCUGCACAGCAGGAGGGGCCUACGUGCCUGCAAUGGCUGAUGAAAACAUCAUCGUCCGCAAGCAGGGUACCAUUUUCUUGGGUGGACCUCCCUUGGUUAAAGCAGCCACUGGAGAAGAGGUGUCGGCUGAGGAUCUUGGAGGGGCUGAUCUUCACUGCAGAAAGUCUGGAGUAAGUGACUACUACGCUUUGGAUGAUAAGCAUGCCCUUCACUUAGCUAGGAAGAUUGUGAGGAGUCUAAAUUAUCAGAAGAAAAUGGAUGUUACCAUUGAACCUUCUGAAGAUCCUUUAUUUCCUGCUGAUGAAUUGUAUGGAAUAGUUGGUGCCAACCUUAAGAGGAACUUUGAUGUCCGAGAGGUCAUUGCUAGAAUCGUGGAUGGAAGCAGGUUCAAUGAGUUCAAAGCCUUAUAUGGAGACACAUUAGUUACAGGAUUUGCUAGAAUAUUUGGAUACCCAAUAGGUAUCGUUGGAAACAAUGGAGUUCUCUUUUCUGAAUCGGCAAAAAAGGGGGCUCAUUUUAUCCAGUUAUGCUGCCAAAGGAAUAUUCCUCUUCUCUUCCUUCAAAAUAUUACUGGAUUUAUGGUUGGUCGAGACUAUGAAGCUGAAGGCAUUGCCAAGGAUGGUGCCAAGAUGGUGACUGCUGUAGCUUGUGCCAACGUGCCGAAGAUAACUGUCAUCAUUGGGGGAUCUUACGGGGCUGGAAACUAUGGGAUGUGUGGCAGAGCGUAUAGCCCAAGAUUUCUCUACUUGUGGCCAAAUGCUCGCAUCUCAGUGAUGGGAGGAGAGCAGGCAGCUAACGUGUUGGCGACAGUAGCAAAGGACCAAAGAGCGCGGGAAGGGAAACAGUUCUCCAGUGCUGAUGAAGCAGCUUUAAAAGAGCCCAUCAUUAAGAGGUUUGAAGAGGAAGGAAACCCUUACUAUUCCAGUGCAAGGCUGUGGGAUGAUGGGAUUAUCGAUCCAGUGGACACCAGGCUGGUCCUGGGCCUCAGUCUUAGUGCUGCCCUCAAUGCACCCAUCCAGAAGACUAACUUCGGCAUCUUGAGGAUGUGA